UGUCUGUCUGUCUGUCUGUCUCUCUGUUCUUGUCUGUCUCUCUGUUACUGUCUGUCUCUUCACAUGUGGUCAGUGAUCUUCUCUCAAUCCUUUAAGCUGCUCAGAUGUUCACACACAGUUAGUAUGUAGACACACAACAGACUGAGAGACUGCUGGCUGGUUGUGUUGUGUAGAUUUGUGUGUUUAAUUAUUGUGUCCUCUCCUGUCAGUUGAUGAAGGACACAUCAGGGUCACUGAUAACAGAUCCUCUUCUCUCUCCGUUCUCUCAUUCAUUCAACUCUUCUUCAUUAUGGAAACUGAACUGUCACGCUCACAUCACACACAAUAGUAGACAAUUGUGUGUGUGUGUGUGUGUGUGUGUGUGUGUGUGUGUGUGUGUGUGUCAGGUUGCACGUGCGUCUGCUCCUGUGAACACUAAUCAGAUUCCCUCUUAUUAAAGUCUUGAGUGUAAUAAUCUGGAUCCUCACAAACGUGACAAAUCUGAGAUGUGCACAUAUAAACCACAGAGUCAAAUGAUCUGAUGUACAUUCAGAGGAAAACAGGAAGAUUAGAGGAACAUUAUUGGAUGUUAUUGGACAGAAACACAAGGAUCCACCUGUCUUUCUCUCGAUUUUAAGCUGUGAGUCAGUCAAUCUUUCUGCUCUGUAUCUGUAAAAUCAGGUUUCACACUGACACACAUCCGAUCUUCUGUCUUCACGUCAUGAUGGAGUCUCGACUGAAGAAAUCUCUGCUGGCUCCCAUUAAAACUCUCACAUACUGUGUAACCGGAGAAAAGACACAACCCAAAUGGACCAAGCAGAAGUCCAAACCAAGGUCAAAGGUCAGGAGCGCCACACAUCGUCUAACUGGAACACAGGACGCACAUCUGCUGAGAUCCUAUCAGGCCGAACUGGAGAGAGAGAGAAAGCUGCGGGACGCAGUCAAUGCUCAGAAGAAUGCAGAGCGAGCUGCGAUGAGGACACACUUCAGGAGAAAAUAUCAUCUGAGCGAGAAUGUCAAGGACAGCGAGCACUUGAGAUCUUUCAGACUUAAAGCGUCUCUCCCACGAGAACUGGCCAAGAUGAUUUAUCCUGAAACUCCCGCUAAAGACGGCGACUUCGGUCUGCUCAGCACAUUUCAAAGUCUCAGUUUCAGCCGGAGGAUUUUCACCGGCAACAAACAAACCCAAAGCCCUGUGAUAGUAAACACAGAGUCGUGUAAACUCAUGUGAACUCUUGAGGGACUAAAUGACUCCAUCACUCUUUCUUAUUGUUUUAGAAAUGCACAAAUGUUACACUUAAAUAUGCAGUGUUUUACACCAUCAUCUAUUAUAAUUAACACUGAUAUCAGGAACCUUUCUUCACAGAUCAUCUUAUGUGUCUGUCUUUAUCAAUCUCUGUCUCUCAUUUAAAGUUUUUUAA